AUGCCUAAGCACAACAAUCUGAUCCCCAACCAGCACUUCCACAAGGCGUGGCAAAACCACGUCAAGACGUGGUUCAACCAGCCCGCCAAGAAGAAGAGCAGGAGGGUUGCCCGCGCCGCCAAGGCUGCCGCCAUCUUCCCCAGGCCCGUCCAGGGUCCGCUCAGGCCCGUGGUCCACUGCCCCACUAUCAAGUACAACACCAAGCUCAGGCUCGGUCGUGGCUUCACGCUUGAGGAGCUCAGGGGUGCUGGCAUCACCAAGAGGUUCGCCCAGACCAUCGGUAUCUCGGUCGACCACAGGAGGAAGAACAAGUCCGAGGGUCCCCUGGCCGACAACAUCAACCGCCUGAAGCAGUACAAGGCUCAGCUCGUCCUCUGGCCCAAGAGGAAGGAGUCCAAGAAGCACCCCAGGAAGGCCGACGAGGCCGCCCCCGAGGACAGGGAGAAGGCCACCCAGCUCACCGGCGCCGUCCUUCCCGUCAAGCAGAAGGAGGUCCGCGUCAAGGCUCAGGUUGUGGAGCCCAUGGGCAAGGGAUCUGCUUUCGUCACCCUCCGCCGUGCUCGCGCCGACGCCAAGUACAUCGGCAUCAGGAAGAAGAAGGCCCUCGCCAGGGAGGAGAAGGCCAAGCUGAAGAAGAAGGACUAA